CCCUCCCUCAGCCGCCCGCCCCUUCGCUGCCGGCCGGGGGGCUGCGGCCGCCGCCGCUGCCAUGGGGCUGCCCACGCUGGAGUUCAGCGACUCCUACUUGGACAGCCCGGAUUUCAGGGAGCGCCUGAAGUGUCACGAGAUCGAGCUGGAGAGGACGAACAAGUUCAUCAAGGAGCUGAUCAAGGACGGCAGUCUCCUCAUCGGGGCCCUGCGAAAUUUAUCCAUGGCAGUACAAAAAUUUUCACAGUCUUUACAAGAUUUCCAGUUUGAGUGUAUUGGAGAUGCUGAAACUGAUGAUGAAAUUAAUAUUGCCCAGUCACUGAAAGAGUUUGCUCGGCUCCUGAUUGCUGUUGAAGAGGAGAGGAGACGACUGAUCCAGAAUGCUAAUGAUGUGCUAAUAGCACCGCUGGAGAAGUUUCGUAAAGAGCAAAUAGGAGCAGCAAAAGAUGGGAAGAAGAAGUUUGACAAGGAAAGUGAGAAAUAUUAUUCCAUCCUAGAGAAGCACUUAAAUUUAUCAGCAAAAAAGAAAGAAUCUCAUUUGCAAGAUGCAGAUACACAGAUUGACAGAGAACAUCAAAACUUUUAUGAAGCAUCAUUAGAAUAUGUUUUUAAAAUUCAAGAAGUACAAGAGAAAAAGAAAUUUGAAUUUGUAGAACCUCUCUUGGCCUUUCUUCAAGGAUUAUUUACAUUUUACCAUGAAGGAUAUGAACUGGCUCAGGAGUUUGCACCAUACAAGCAGCAACUGCAGUUCAAUUUGCAGAAUACCCGGAAUAACUUCGAAAGCACUAGGCAGGAGGUGGAGAGGCUCAUGCAAAGAAUGAAAUCAGCCAACCAGGAUUACAGACCACCAAGUCAAUGGACAGUGGAAGGCUAUCUCUAUGUGCAGGAGAAACGACCGCUUGGAUUUACAUGGGUAAAACAUUACUGCACUUACGAUAAAGGAACAAAAACAUUUACAAUGAGUAUAGCUGAAACAAAAUCUGGUGGAAAAGUGAAUGGCCUUGUCACAAGCUCACCAGAAAUAUUCAAGCUAAAAUCUUGCAUAAGGAGAAAGACAGAUUCAAUUGACAAACGUUUCUGUUUCGAUAUUGAAGUAUUUGAGAGACCUGGAAUCAUCACACUGCAAGCUUUUUCAGAAUCCAACCGAAAACUUUGGCUUGAAGCUAUGGAUGGCAAGGAACCAAUCUACACACUGCCAGCCAUUAUUAGCAAGAAGGAAGAAAUGUUCUUAAAUGAAGCAGGUUUCAACUUUGUCAGGAAAUGUAUUCAUGCUGUAGAAACAAGAGGUAUUACAAUCCUGGGGCUGUACAGAAUAGGUGGUGUAAACUCCAAGGUGCAAAAGCUGAUGAAUACCAUAUUUUCCCCUAAAUCUCCUCCUGAUAUGGACAUUGAUAUGGAACUUUGGGACAAUAAAACAAUAACAAGUGGACUAAAAAACUACCUCAGGUGUCUUUCAGAACCACUGAUGACUUUCAAGCUGCACAAAGAUUUCAUUGUUGCUGUUAAGUCAGAUGAUCAGAACUACAGAGUUGAGGCAGUGCAUGCGCUUGUGCAUAAGUUACCAGAGAAGAACAGAGAGAUGCUGGACAUCCUUAUCAAGCACUUGGUCAAGGUAUCAUUACACAGUCAACAAAAUCUAAUGACUGUAUCCAACCUUGGUGUUAUCUUUGGACCAACUCUGAUGAGAGCCCAAGAAGAAACCGUGGCUGCUAUGAUGAACAUUAAGUUUCAAAAUAUCGUCGUUGAAAUUCUGAUAGAGCAUUAUGAAAAGAUAUUUCACACCGCACCAGAUCCCAAUAUUCCUCUUCCCCAACCUCAGUCCCGAUCAGGUUCAAGAAGGACAAGAGCAAUUUGUCUCUCCACGGGUUCACGUAAACCCAAAGGAAGAUAUACACCAUGUCUAGCAGAUCCUGACAGUGAUUCAUACAGCAGUAGCCCAGACAGCACUCCCAUGGGCAGCAUUGAAUCUCUCUCUUCUCACUCCUCUGAGCAGAACAGCACCACCAAAUGCAUGCCCUCGCAGCCCAGGGAAAAAUCAGGAGGGAUUCCAUGGAUUGCCUCUCCCCCUUCUUCUAAUGGCCAGAAGAGUUCAGGCCUCUGGACUACAAGUCCAGAAUCCUCAUCAAAGGAGGAUGCAACCAAAACAGAUGUGGAGUCAGACUGCCAAAGUGUAGCUUCUGUCACUGGACCAGAGAAUGCCUCUCCACCAGCAGACCUGACCAAAAAGUGUUCUUACGCUCUGUCUGGGCUGAAAAGGUCUUCAGCAUCUUCCCUUAGAUCAAUCCCAUCAGCUGAAGGUAAUAAAAGCUGCAGUGGAUCUAUACAGAGCUUAUCUUCAACAGAUACCAAAGAUACACCAAAGGCUCCACCAAACCCUGAUUUGCCUCCCAAAAUGUGCAGGAGAUUAAGAUUAGAUACUGCAUCAAGUAAUGGCUAUCAAAGACCAGGAUCUGUAGUGGCCGCAAGAGCGCAGUUGUUUGAAAGUGCUGGUUCACUUAAACAAGUUUCUUCAGGACGACAAGCAAAAGCCAUGUAUUCCUGUAAGGCUGAGCAUAGUCAUGAACUGUCUUUCCCACAGGGGGCAAUAUUUUCUAAUGUGUAUCCAUCAGUGGAACCAGGCUGGUUAAAAGCAACUUAUGAAGGCAAAACAGGACUCGUUCCUGAGAAUUAUGUUGUCUUCCUCUAGUAAUCUUUAGUGGACAGCAAUAUCUUCAUGGUAUCCAUGGUAACAAAUAAUAAGCACUAUGAUUUUUAUCUGACACAGAUAUGGGAUCAGCCCGUUAGCUGAGUGGUAGAUUUCCUUCAGAUACUGCAGCUGCAGGUUACACAGCUCCCUAUCAACGGAACAGAAUGUAAUGAAACAGUUAACAGUUUCUGUACUGAAGAUGGUACUCUGUUUAAAUAACUUCCAUUGUUUGCAAAGGGUUGUUCUGUUCUUCUUUUAUGGGUAAGGAACACUAGAGCAAUAAAAUCAAAAAAGUUGCUAUUUAGCUGCAGACUUUCAGGUCCUAGGAUGUUGCUCACAGAAGUGUGAAAUUUAGAGGCAACGCACUCUAUGACAUUUCUUGCAAUCUGUGAUUUUUAAUAUGGAAAAUUGUAAUUUUUUUCAUAAUGUAAGUAAUGCUUCUAUUGUUAUCUGAAUUCUCUCUUAGAAAACUUGAUUAUAAAAUUAGUCCUAAUCAUUUCAAAUAAGAAAUGAGUUUUCCAUAAGUCAGAAGUUUGAACUUGUUAGUCAUUGAGAUUACAAUAUGGUAUAGAAUUUAUGCAACUGAUAAUAAAAUCAGUUUAUACACUGCCUGAGCAGUAAGUGCUCAUUGAAAAUGUGAUGUGUUUAAUGAAUGUUUCAUUCAAAUACUUCUUAGAUUUAUUUCCUUUUUUCUGUAUCAGUAUAGAUAAUAUUAACAGCUUUUAUUUCUAUGAUACCCUUCAUCUGGAAGAUAUUCUCGGUGUAUCUCAGAACAACAUCUGUAGAAAACAAGGAGAUGCUGCAUCUGGAAUGAUUGGUAAUCAUGUGAAGCGAGCAGUGAAAAACAUCAGUAUGUUUUGAAACCCGAGAUAAAUUGUAACUGAGUCCUUUUCCAACUUUUUCCAUUGCAAGUAAGACAAAUGGCCUGUGAAGUAGCUAAUUUUAUAAGCUAUGAAUGCUGAAAGCUCCAUGUAGCAAAAAGUAUUUAGUAUUAUUUCUCCUGAAUUCUGCUGAACUAUUUGACAAAGAUUUCUCCCCUUCCGCAGAAUAAAAACCCCUUACUUUUCAAAGGUUUUGGAAAGACCCUUUGAUUGCUCCUGGUAGGACUGAAAAAAAGAAAAAAAAAAAAAAAACAAACAAAAAAACCCUAAAAAAAAAGCCCAAAACCAUAAGCAGCUUCCUCCAUCUGAGCAUCUUUCUUGUACACCUUGAGGGAAAACAUGUACUACUUGCUUGGCUACUUACCAUGCCUGACUGAAAACCAAGAUAUUUAAGCUCCAUAUUAGUAAUUCUUCAGCAUUAGUGCUACAGAAAAGAUUCACUGUUUCAUAGACCUCUCAAGGCUUAGUUCUUUCUUCAGUAACAGAAAUCAAUACGUAAAUCUUCUGUUGAUUUCUAAGUUGUAUGCUACUUCCAGAAAGUUUAAGGAAUAACUUCUGUUAGGACUAAAAACGUCAGUAAUCUUUUAAUUGCUUCUUUUUUCUUUCCGCAGCCUUUUUUUGUUUAAAUUAGAAAAUAAGAUUUAUUACCAACAUAAAGCAGCACAUCAGAAACUUCUUUACUUGUAUGUAGUGCAUGAUUUCUGCAGAGCAAUUUGUGUUGGAAUUCAGGCUGGUGGCAAAAGCCUGCAGGAUCCUUCUCCUCACUAAUGAAAGUAUCAAGUGGUGAUCAGGGAAGGAGAGAGGCUGGAAGAGCAUUCUCCCCAAAAUGGUCUAGCUUUUCAGAGGGGCAGUGUGGGUAAGACUGACUGCAGGCAGUUGAGAACAGACCCCUUGAAUUAGUGACUGAGGGAUCUGGGUUUUCUUCACUCUAAACAGUUUCAUUAAGUCCCAAAUCAUGUUUCACUUCACCUUAAGACCAGACUGUGUUCAGUGCAUUGUGAUGAAGGGUUGUUCCAGACAUUGUCACAGGCAGUGUGUGCUCAUCUAAUUUGCCGAGAGCACAUGUGAAAGGAAGUGAAGAGAAGGUCUUUUCUCACCAGAUUGAGCCUUUCUUAGUUUUAAGGCAAGCCAAGUUUUCUUAUUGUAAGCUAUGCCUGAAACUGCCAUUGCCCUGAGAUCAACAUGGUUCUGGUUGUGUUUUUGCUGUAUUUCACAAUCCAAAAAUUACAGGCUGUCAAAAGGCUUACCUCUGGUGACCUUCCCAGGCAAAAAGAAGCAGAAAGGGAGGCACAGCUUUGAGCAGAGGCUGGAGGCCUCACCCAGGCAGAGAAAUGCAGUGGUCUGGGGAAAAACCCCAACUUCUAUCUAUUCCACCGGGGUCAGUGGCAACUGUUCAACUGUGUUGAACAUCCUUUGGUGACCUCUUACACCUCUUAGGAGCAAUUUAAUUGUUGUGAAAUUCUUGAGGAAUGGUGAAAUAGAAAAUGCUUGCUCUUACUUGCUUUGCUUUAGGCUGGUUGAAAAAGUAGGGGAAAAAAGCUAUCCUUAGGUAGUCUCACAGCCUGUGUAUACGUCUGGCUAUUCUCCCAUAUUAUGUUUUGAAACCAGCUGAUCUGAGUGCAAGCUAGAGGACUCAAAAGAUGCCAAGUUCAUUAAAAAUUUUGUAAAAAUGCAACGUUCAGUUACAGAUUAAGUAAGUAGAGCCUGUAAGUGUUGAGGGAAAGGUUGUAGAAAGACCUGGAGGAAUCCCUGUGGAGGAGGAUAUUUUGUCUGUUCCCAUGCAUUCAUCUCCCAUUAGACACAAAAUUGAGUUGCAGGAGACAACUUCAUAAAAACUGGAUCCUACUCAUUCUGCUGCUCACAAAACAAAUCUGUAUUUUCCUCUGUAAGACUCUGCACUUUUUCUGGCCCUUCUUGUGAACCAGCCACGAUGAUCACAUAAAUAAUUUUAAAGUAGCUUAGCUUUAAAAUGGCAUUUCCGUCUGAAAAAGGUUAUGCCCAUUCUUAAUUACAGUUAACCACUCACUCUCAAUGAGUAGGGUUUUUCAUUUUUUUAAAUAUUUUAUGGUUUUUCUUUUCUACUCUUCUGCAGUACAUACCAAGCACUUUCUGUAUAACCUCACUGCUGGGCUGUGAAUGCCCCAGCUCUUCCCUGACUUUCCAAGAAGGAGUUUUAUCUCCAUAAGAAGCUGUACAAUGAACUAGAAAGUUAAGUAACUAGGUUUUCAAAGACUGAAAUGGGGGAGAGGGCAGCACCAAAGCUUGUCUAGUGAUGAUACUCUCAGGCCUGACCAAAAAUCCCUUCUGAUAAUUGCAAAGGAUCAGAAAUCCAUAUAACAUUUACAUGAAGAUAUACUAUCUUGAUAGUCCCUUACCAGAAAACUAGGCAAGCUGAACUAAAUUAGUUCAUAGUAUUGAUUUACUGUUUUUUAUGAAAGUCAGAUUCACUCUAGAAGCAAAGUUUGCGCAAUUUUUUUAUUAUAAUUAUUAUUAUGCUUCCUAAAAGGAUGCAGCAGUUUUUUUCAAAAUAUCACUGUAGAACUCAAGGUAGAUGACACGUUGUGAUUGCUGUUUAUCUUGUGGAAAUAAUGUCUGUACCCACAACUUAUGUAAUUAGCCAUGUUUUUUGUUAAACCUUUUGAUACAUGUUGCAGCACAACAUGAAUCAAAUUAAUAGUGUGAAGGACUGAUAUAUUGUAUGAUAAAUAUGUAAAGUAUAUUAAUAUUUUAUAUUCACACUUUUAUUAAUGAUGAUAAAGAUGAAAAAAUAUUUUUUGUGUAAUUCCUAUGAGUUCAGUAUUAAAAUGUCCUUGCCAUAUUUUGGCAUUUAGAGUUAUAUGUAACAAAACUCUUAAAUUAAACCAUAGCUAUCACUUAUGUCCCUAACUAAUCUAUGAAGUUCAUUGUUCGAUUAUUUCUGGAAAAAAAAGAUGCACAGAUUUGCUGAUGACCAGCGCUAUUCUAUGAUAGUAAUAGUAACUUAUUUACCUUUUAUAUAUUUUCUGGUGCUAAUCUCUAUUCUUUGCCUGUAAUUGGAUUGAAUUGUAUUGUGCUGUUAGGAAAGACACGUUAGGAGAGGAAAAGUUGCAAAAUUCAGCAGUUCAGAACAAUAAUUACAACAACAAAAAAAAACAUUGUAUGGCAGUAAUUGGAUGGGUUUUGUUACAUUUCUCCACUGGUCUAUUUUCUACUUAAUAAGAUUGCAUCAGAAUAAAUAAUGAAACUAAAAAGCAAAUUGUUCUUCAUACUCUUUUCCUAAGGCAGCAGUUUAUGCAAUUUUGGAUUGAGCAGCAAGAAGAGAAAUCCCAGUAGGGGAGCACAUCCUCCAGACUGGGGUGGAUCUUCUCCAUUGAUGGAAACUCUCAAAGCUCUAGUGAAGUCACAGGCAGACCUUUGGCAGUUUAUUGUGAGGGUUUGCUGGCCAGAAGCCCCCAGAAAGUAAAUGGAAUAUUUUGUUAAUGGGGUAAUAUAUGAUAUGGCUUGGCAUUAUCCUUUCUUUCAGCAGAGUGCCCUGUAUGAAUCAUUCAAUUACCAGAGAUCAAGCUAUAAGAAAUGUUCAGUCUCGCUUUCUGUGGUCACACAGCCCUGACAGCUUCUGCUGCCGUGGCCCUUCCAGUUACUGCUCAUGCUGAAGUCAGACUGUUGAUGAGGCUGUUUCAGAACAAGUUGGGAGGUCUCUUUUUUUGGCUAAGAUAUUGCAUGGGCUUUGGGAGUUUGCUUUGUUUUGUUUUAAUAAGGUACUUGGUAUUCAAACAGCUACUAAUUCAAUGUUGUAAUUAAUUCAGUCGCUGAAGAUCAUAGCAUUGUUUUUCUUGUCCUGUAUGUGGCAGUAUUUAAUAAGCCAUUGGAUUAUCCUUGUUAUUUUAAGUAUAGAGAAUGGUGCUUCAACCCUUGGAUGUCUCAGCUGAAAGCUAUUCUGCACCUGAGCUUUUUGCAAGUGUUUUAUUGGGAAUUGUCAUUAAAGUUCUGGCACUAAAGAUAGCACCAUCAUCUCAGCACUACAAGAGUUUCUGUUACAGCAAAGGGCAAAGCAGCUGAACGGGGCACACGGAUAGUUUCAAUUUUCAAUCAUAUUUAUAACAAUUUCGGAGGUAUUAGAGUUUAUAGAGGUUACUUUAGAUACUAUAUGGUAUUUUAAUAGGAAAGUAUAUACAAUCAAUAACUAUAUAUAUUUAAUAAAGUCCUACUAAAUUAUCUUAUUGAACUCUCUGUUUAUUUUGUAGUGUGGUUUCAAUAAUUAUCUGCACUCUGUAUAUACCUACAUGUAAAUAACUGGCAUGACAUGCAUAAGCUGACUUGCAGACAUAAUUCUAUGUUGUACUUUACACUGUAUUUCAAAAAUUUGAAAAAAUGUUUUUCAAAAUAAAAAGCCUUUCUACACAAA